GCUCGCUCUCCCGCGGGCUGCGGGGCCGGGCUCGCCCCGGCGCUCUCGGGAAGAAGGAAGCGGGGGCCGAGGACGCCAAGUUCCCUCAGCAGCAGCAGCAGCAGCAGCGGAUCCCGGCCGCAGCGGAGGCUGCGUCUCGGACGGGACAGGAGCGCGCGCCGCGGCGGGGCGCACGGCCGGAGCGGCCGCGGCGGGAGGCGCCCGGGCCUUCCGCUCUCGGCGAGGCGGCGGGCCGGGACCCCCAUGAGACGCGCCCGCGAGGGGCGCGGGAUCCGAAGCCCGGGAGUCGCGCGGCGGAGGCGGAGGGCGGCGCUGCAGCUGCCGGAGCUUCAGAGCUGCCGGCAGGCGGCGGCGGCGGCGGCAGCAGCGGCGGCGAGAACUUGAACUUGGCGUCGGGAGCGGGCGCCCCGGACGCCCCUCGCCGGGGCCGGGGCGCCGAGGGACCUGGGCGGCAGCGCUGCCCCCCGAAUGGCCGCGGCGGCGGACCAGGCUCCCGCGCCGCGGCCCUAGGCGGCCUCUCGCCAUGGCCAAGUGGCUGAACAAGUACUUCAGCUUGGGCAACAGCAAGACCAAGAGCCCGCCGCAGCCGCCGCGGCCGGACUACCGCGAGCAGCGGCGCCGAGGCGAGCGGCCCUCGCAGCCCCCCCAGGCCGUGCCGCAGGCCGCCUCGGCCGCCUCAGCGUCCUGUGGUCCGGCCGCCGCCUCCUGCUUCUCGGCCUCGUCGGGCUCGCUGCCCGACGACAGCGGCAGCACGAGCGACCUCAUUCGCGCCUACCGCGCGCAGAAGGAGCGCGACUUCGAGGACCCCUACAACGGGCCGGGCUCGUCGCUGCGCAAACUGCGCGCCAUGUGCCGCCUGGACUACUGCGGCGGCGGCGGCGGGGAGCCGGGCGGGGGCCAGCGCGCCUUCUCCGCCUCGUCCGCGUCGGGCGCCGCCGGCUGCUGCUGCGCCUCCUCGGGCGCCGGCGCCGCGGCGUCCUCGUCGUCGUCCUCGGGCUCCCCGCACCUCUACCGCAGCAGCAGCGAGCGGCGGCCCGCCACGCCGGCCGAGGUGCGCUACAUCUCCCCCAAGCACCGCCUCAUCAAAGUGGAGAGCGCCGCGGGUGGCGGCGGCGGCAGCGCGGGGGACCCUGCGGGGGGCGCCUGCUCCGGCGGCCGCACCUGGAGCCCGACGGCCUGCGGAGGCAAGAAGCUGCUCAACAAGUGUGCCGCCGCGGCCGCCGAGGAGAGCGGGGCCGGCAAGAAGGACAAGGUGACCAUAGCUGAUGACUACUCGGAUCCUUUCGAUGCCAAGAACGAUCUCAAAAACAAAGCAGGAAAGGGGGAGAGUGCCGGCUACAUGGAGCCCUACGAGGCCCAGAGGAUCAUGACAGAAUUCCAGAGGCAGGAAAGUGUCCGGUCCCAGCACAAAGGCAUCCAAUUAUACGACACCCCUUAUGAGCCCGAAGGCCAAAGCGGCGACUCGGACUCGGAGAGCACGGUGAGCCCCCGGCUGCGCGAGAGCAAGCUGCCCCAGGACGACGACAGGCCUGCCGACGAGUACGACCAGCCGUGGGAGUGGAACCGGGUCACCAUCCCGGCCCUGGCAGCCCAGUUUAACGGCGGUGAGAAGCGGCAGUCGUCCCCCUCGCCUUCCCGGGACCGGCGGCGUCAGCUUCGUGCUCCUGGUGGGGGCUUCAAGCCCAUCAAACAUGGCAGCCCCGAGUUCUGCGGGAUCCUGGGAGAGAGAGUAGACCCCGCUGUGCCGCUGGAGAAGCAAAUAUGGUAUCACGGAGCCAUCAGCAGAGGAGACGCUGAGAACCUGCUGCGGCUCUGCAAGGAGUGCAGCUACCUUGUCCGGAACAGCCAGACCAGCAAGCACGACUACUCCCUGUCCCUGAAGAGCAACCAGGGUUUUAUGCACAUGAAACUGGCCAAAACCAAAGAGAAAUACGUCCUGGGGCAGAACAGCCCCCCAUUCGACAGUGUCCCGGAAGUCAUCCACUACUACACCACCAGGAAGCUGCCCAUCAAAGGCGCCGAGCACCUGUCCCUCCUGUACCCGGUGGCCGUGCGGACCCUGUGAGCAGCCCAGCCCGGCUCUGAGCCAGCGGCCUGGCCGCCGUUGUCCCGUGUGUGUUGUGUGCACGGCACUAGCACACCACUGCGUGUCCCUCGAAUGCCCGAGAGGGCCUGGAUGAAGCUGAGGGACAGAGGCCACCCCAGCCCCCAACCGAUCCCCUCCUUGAGUUUCUGUGAAUUAAAAUAUUUGCAAAUCCAAAGAGAUGCCUUCCAGGAUGAACAAAGGCAGAGCUGCCCGGAGGGGCGGGGCGCGAGCUCCCGGGCGCAUCUCUUUGUUCACCAGCUGUCAGGGUUCACACCUGUGUGUGAGGCCAAGUUUUCCCACCGGUGCUAGGAGCCAAAUGCUGGCGCUCUGAGAGCCCAGGAGGCCCGGGGCUCCCGCCCCACCCUGGCGCGUGCGUGUGUGCUGUGUGUGUGUGUGUGCGCGCGUGUGUGUGAGAGAGCAUGGGCACACACGGAUGAGUGAAGCCCACGGAUCCACUCGUAGUCACUCAGUGUAAUCAUUAGAUCGUCAAGCUAUCGUGUGCAGUCCAAAAGAGGCCUCAAUUAUUUAUGAAUAGGGUGUGUAAAUAAAAUAGUCAUUUAAUAUAUAUUCUUAAUCCCUUUUUUUAAUGUGCCAGAGAGGGCCUCUUGCCUGCUGGGUUCAUUCCCAGAGCAAGGGCUGUCUGCUCUGUGCUUGCCGGUGUGAGCAGCCCCCAGGCGGGCAAGGAGGCAGGGGCCCACAGGACAGGUGCAGCAGCAUGGGGGUGGGGCAUUCCUUGGCCCCGCCCCCAAAGAGUCCUCAUGCAGACCCUGCCCCCAGGCCUGCGCUGGCUGUGGCUGGCAUCCAGCAACCAGGGUUUGCCUGCAGCCAGUGAGUCUGCAGAGGGCUCUUCUCCCGUCGUCCCGCAGUCACACAGAGAGGGAAAGUAACUUGCCCUCAGUCACACAGCUUGUGAGCAGCAGAUCAGACUCCACGGCCAGUGCUCUUCCCCCAGCUCUGCGAGGCCUGGCAGCCAGUUACCCUGCUUUGGGGCGGGGCAGGGGCAGCACCCCAGCCUUGCCGGGGACACGGAGCCUGAUCUGGUGUCCGCCUGCUUACACACAGAAAGGUGACCUUGACAGCACUAGAGGUUCUUCCCGCACAUGGGGGAAGCCCCCCCCCCCCCCCGCGGCUGCGAGGUUGCUACCACUCAGCUCCCGGUCUUCCCCGCCCACCUGGUACUGUGGAGGGGUGGCUGCCGCCCACUGAACCCAGUGCGAGGGCUCCAGCGUGGGCACGGGGCCAGUGCCAUCGCCCAGCACACAUCCUCCCACCCCCCGGCUGAUCCGCGUGGACUGGAGUCUGAGGGCCGACGAGUGGCGCGCGUGGGAAGGGCCUCAGCUCGGACCGGCUGCCGUCUUCAGAGGUGAUUCCGGCUCGCUGCCGAGGUGCGGACACAGAGCCCCGCAAAGGGGAAGAACUCGCCGAGGCCGCCCGUGGACUUGGGGCAGAGCAGGACUAAAAGCCGUGCCCACUGGGGGACAGCGUGGAUCUCCGCGGUCUGCGGCCGAAGCCGUUUCCUGGGCGAUUUGCCAUUCAUCCGAUCCUGUUUCCUGUGGCCUGAGGCCGUCUCCAGAGAUGCUGACCUUGACCCUGUGCCUGUUUUGCAUUUUCCAAAGCAUCCUUCCGGUCAAGGGAGGGAGGAGCGUGGUUGUGGGGGGCGGUUUGCACCUGUCUAAUGGAGGAGGCCUGGGAAGUGCAGAGCUUGGCCACAUGGGGAGGGGGCGGGGGGGCGGGGGGUUGUGCCAUGAGGCUUCACCCUGGCAGGUUCCUGAGGGCUGGAGCUGUGUGUGCAGCCGCUCUGCCCCCUGGGGGGAAUCCUGGGACCCUCUGCGCCCGGCCUCUGCCGUCCCUGGACGUUCCCGGGAAGGCCCACCCGCCCUCGGGGACCAGGCGGGCAGAGGAGCCAGCUUACAGGAUGGGAGCUGCCAAAGGCAUUUGCCCUUCGUUCCGCGAACCUCUCCCUCUUCUUCCUCUGAUUGUGGCCGCUUCCUGUGAGCGUGUGUGCGUGUUUUCUUGGACAACCCCACAAUCGAAACCGCUUUGGCCUCUCAGGGGCAUACUCACUCGGGUUACGGCCCUGGGCUGGGGGGUUCUGUGGCCUUUUUAUUUAUUUAUUUUGUCAUCUGCGGCCAGUGCCCUGGGGGAAGCAGCUGCCCGGCACCCAGGAGCCCCCGCAGCACUGCUGUCCCCCUGCACGGCUCCAGCCACGCACGGCCUCCCCGCCCGGGGCCCCGGAGCUGUGUCUGUCUCUGCCACACUGCUUUGCUCACCGCAGCGCCCACCUGGGAGUCCAGAGCCCUUUCCGAAGCCUCACGUGGCGUCUGCAGACAGAAGGCGGCCUUGUGUGGGAGAGGGGCUCUCCUGGAGAGGCUCCCGGGACAGCCCAGGAGGAAAAAGAGGAGGCUCGGGCCUCUGGGAAGGCCGGAGCUGCACAGACCCCUGAUGCAGCUUCCAGCCAGCAGGUGGAGGGAGCCCCGGCAGCCUCGGCGGCAAACCCAGCGCCAGGGUGCGGAAUGCCAAGUCCUACAAAGCUCCCCAGACCCGACCUCAGGAAGCAGCCGAGGCAGGGGCCGGGCUGGGUCAGGCCACCGUCCAGCAAAUUGCCGCAUCUGCCUCUUCCACCUGCCAGAGCCACCCCAGGGACCCCCGGCCUCCCCGCCCCCCUCGGCGAGGCCCCUUCCAGCCCCCUCCUGCCAAGACAGUGUCGUGUCAGCUUCCAGUUGUGUGUGCCCCCGUGUGUGAUGACAGAUACUUAAUGUGUAGCUUGUAAUACACACGUGUCUUGUGGACCGCA